AUGCUCGUGAACGCCAAGGACGUCCGGAUAUGCGGUCUGUUGGGUGCUGCUCGAGUCAUUUACGAGCUGGGAGGUGUUCGUGGAUUCGGUCGAGGCUUGGGUGCUCGAGUACUAUCAGCCGUCCCGGGAACAGCUAUAUCCUGGUCUGUCUACGAAUACUUCAAAUGGUUGCUGAAAAGUAAAUCAAACAGUCCAAGCUCAGGAUCUGAAGCUGCACGUGAGACUUGUAGUUCCACUCGGUCAGUCUUCUUGCCGGCGUCUAGGGAGGUUUCUUGUGCUGUAAAUCCCUCGAUAAAUCGAGAAUCAUUGAAAGACAGCAUUCCAAAUCUAGAUAAAUGA